GAAUUAGAUUUGAAAAAAUAGUAAUUUCAUAGAGUGGUAGGCAAAAAGUAGGGAGAAUAGAGGACAAGUCAUUCCCCAUGGCACAUGCUUUCGAAAAGAGAUGCAUAAAUCAAAGGCUAUGAUUUUGUUUAACUUUAGGAAAGCACAAGUUAUACUUAUACCAAGGAUAGAGAUUUCGAGAUUCUUGGCUUUGCAAAGAACCAAACCCACCAAGCCAAGUCUCUGAUUCCACACACCAACACAAAUUUAUAUAUACAUUACCUUUUUUUUCUUUCUAACUUCUAGACAAUAUGGGAGGUUCAAUGGGCUUUCUCGGAAAAGGGGUACCACCGACGCAGAUGAUGAAUAUGGUAAUGGGUUCACUCUACAAACAAUUUACACAAAAAGCUAUCAACAGCUUCGACGAUUUCCACGUUGCUGUUUUAGACAUCUUUAACAACUUCAACUCGGCUUUACCAGGCAGACACUUCGAUUUCCCGACCCCGGACCAAAUAAAGGCUUGUUUCGCGCGGUGGAAGGAAGCGAAAGACGAAGAAGAGAAGAAAAAAUUGUUCAUAGAGUUCAUGUCAAAGAGCGUGAAGCCAAGUAAACUCGAUGAUGUCACUAUGAUCACCGGAAUAGUAUCUCCACCGGCGGCAAUGGCGGCUAAGAGAGCAGGAGAGAAUGUUCCUCAGUUAAAAUUAAUCAAACUCAUACCUGAUGUUAUAUUCGUCCCUACGGUCACCAUUUUAGCCAUUGUCUCUGCCAAACUCUCCAGACGAAUGUAUUUGAAAUAAUGUCUUAACUAAUAAUUCUUUAUUCUCUUAUU